GCCCUCCGAUAAGCUGCAAUUCGAUCCUCCUCGUUUAGACACAUAACUGGACGCAAAACGCACCGUUCUCCAGUUUUUUCUCCUGCCCAAGUGUCUGAUCCAGCGGAGGUGGGAGCUGCAGUCUGUUGGUAAAAAAUUUCCGGCAUAUAACCCAGUCAUGGCUCUUUCUACAUGUAAGAAAACUCCUUCAGAGAAAACACCGAUUUUCCAGAAGACUCCUGAGGGCCUGGUUUACAGGAUCCCAUCACUGAUCUACGUGGAGGACAGUCACACAUUGCUGGCCUUUGCAGAGGAGCGUACCUCUCCAUCUGAUGAUCAUGCGAAGAGUCUCGUCUGCCGGGAGGGGAAGGUAUCCCCCGAUAAAACCAUUGAGUGGUCUCCCUUACAAAGGGUGAAUUCAGCGGGUCUGCCGGGUUAUCGCACCAUGAACCCCUGCCCGGUGUAUGAGAAAAGCUCCAAAACGACCUUCCUCUUCUUCAUCUGCGUCAAGACUGAAGUAUCGGAACAGCAGCAGAUUAAAACGGGUAAAAACGCUGCCAGGCUUUGCUGUGUCACCAGGAAAGAGGGAGAGCAGAGCUGGAGCGCCGCGAACGAUCUGACUGAGAUUGCGAUCGGAGCGGAGAUUGCCCAGUGGGCCACGUUUGCUGUGGGGCCCGGACACGGCAUCCAGCUGGCGAGUGGGAGGCUGGUGAUUCCGGCCUACAGGUACUGCGUGACCAGCAGACACCCGCAAUGCGCCCGGCCCUAUGCCUUCUACUUCUACAGCGACGACAAGGGUAAGAAUUGGAGGCUGGGUCAGAAUGUCGAAGGAGAGUCCUGCGAGUGCGAGAUGGCUGAGAUCUGGGAUGAGAGGGGCCAGACCCGCCUUUACUGCAAUGCCCGACACAUCAACAAGGAGUGCAGGGUGGAGGCUUGGGGGAAAAGCCAAGAGGUCUGCUUUACGGAGUCCUACCCGGCUCCGAAGCUGGUACAGGCGCGGUUCGGGUGCCAGGGCAGCGUGGUUAGCUUCCCCGCGCCAAAAGCAGCCUCAGGCACCAAGUGCUGGCUGCUCUUCUCCCAUCCCACCAGCACCAAGGGCAGGCUGGACCUGGGCAUCUACCUGAACAAGAACCCCUUCCAGCAGUCGAGCUGGGAGCAGCCCUUGGUGCUGAACCCCGGGCCCAGCGGAUACUCUGACCUGGCGUUCUGUGCCGGUUACGGCUUCUUCGCCUGUCUGGUGGAGUGCGGUGAGAAAACGGAGAUUGAGCAGAUCGCUCUGUUGCGCUUUAGCCUUGAUGAUGUGCUGAAGGCUAUCGGUGAGAAACCCUAAGUUUCUCCACCUCUGUUUUUAGCUGUCCUUUCAUAUCUCAUUGUCUGUCUCGUGCCUGUAGUCGAUAACAUUUCAGCCACAGACACUGAUUAAGACCAGAGUAACAUUACUGGAGCAUUCAGGCUCAGUGCUACAUUGGGUAUAACGGCGAAUUUUAGUUUAGUACCUUAACUGUGUAGAAGUUACUUUGAAAUGUUUAAAGGUUACUGAAGUAAAGAACUCCAUUAUAUCCGCUGUGUAAUUUGCAUUUACUACUUUAUUAAAGUGAGUUCAUUGUGCUUAGAUACUGUAGAAGCCUCUGCUGUCAUCCAGGACAAAGUAAACCUUUAUUUUCUGCUUAACAUAUUGUUCUCCAGCGUCCAUUUUAUCUGUAGAUAUGCUGGUCAAGUUUAGAAUCUCCCAGUUUAUUUCAUUCCUUCUGCAGCAAAUAUCCCCGUAGCCUCAUAAAUUCUUUAUGCGUGUCGUCAGUUAUGUUAACCCUUCUGUAAGCUCUACUAAUGUCUCUCAGGGGUGGGGUGACCCACAAAGCCUUAAAAAUCUGUGGUGUGUGUGAGUUUUACAUAUAACUAUAGAGUCUUGUCUCGCUAGUGCAGUGAGAACCAACCAUAUUGACUAAUCCAUUUCUGUAAUGAUGUUUUACAUUUUUGCCUGUACCUCAGAGAUCUUCAAAGGAAUCGCAUUCAAAAUUUGACACAUGUAUCUUCUAUUAUCUUUGUAUCACAAACAGACAACAAAUGGUUUAGCACAUUGUAUAAAAUGUUACAAUUUACCCCAUAGUCAGGGAGAGCUGCACCACAGUCCCAAGUCAAAUGUAACAUUAAAAUGCUAUCAAAGUAUUUCAACUUAUUCUUUUACAUUUUUUUUUAUUCAACAAAAUGUAUGGGCAUUUAUGCAUGUGUGGGCAUUUAUGCAUGUGUACAAUGUAUGUUAAUCACAACUGAAGUCAAAGGUCAUAAUAAAACCAAACAAAAUAACUGAA